AGGACUGCUCACGAGUCCCCCGGUCGUAACCGAGCUCAUAGCGCUGUGGAGCCCCCGUGAUGUGGUGUGGCGUGUGUGUGGGGGGAGGAUAGGAUCGCUACCAGCCAGAUAAACACUCGGCAUUGGUUUGCAGAGCAGGAGUAACAUGGCGGCACAGUUAGCCAGCAGAAAUGUUGUUUCACUAUCGCGAAGGUCAGAGCUGCUUCGGAUAAGCGGAAUUUAACAGCGAGGACACGGCCAAAAGUGUUAAAUCGGAGAAGUGGAUGAUGCAUAAAGGUUUCCUAGCAUUAACGUCUUGCAGCAAUGGCCUGAGGGACUCUCUGGACUGAAGCCAAGACGCUGAUAUGCAUUGAGGAUGAGUGGAGUCGGCGAAAACUCAUCUGACCCUGGCAGGGCAGAGUCACGGAAACGCAAAGAAUGUUCUGCUGAACUUCUUGGACCCAGUCCCAAACGGAGCAACGAGAAGCGUAACCGCGAGCACGAGAACAAAUACAUCGAAGAGCUCGCCGAGCUGAUCUUCGCCAACUUCAACGACAUCGACAACUUCAAUGUCAAACCUGACAAAUGUGCAAUCCUGAAGGAAACUGUGAAACAAAUCAGGCAAAUAAAGGAGCAAGAAAAAGCUGCAGCAGCAAACGAGGAGGAGGUGCAGAAGGCUGACGUCUCAUCAACAGGCCAAAGUGUGAUCGACAAAGACGCCUUGGGACCAAUGAUGCUGGAGGCUCUGGAUGGCUUCUUCUUUGUGGUGAACAUGGAGGGUAACAUUGUGUUCGUGUCAGAGAACGUGACCCAGUACCUGCGCUACAACCAGGAGGAGCUGAUGAACACCAGUGUCUACAGCGUGCUGCAUGUCGGGGAUCAUGCUGAGUUCAUCAAGAACCUGCUGCCUAAAUCCCUCGUAAAUGGUGUCCCGUGGUCCAGCGAGGGUCCAAGAAGGAACAGUCACACUUUCAACUGCCGAAUGCUGGUCAAUCCACACGGCGAGAGCCAGGAAGAGCCACACGAGCACGAGCCGCAGCAGCAGAAAUAUGAGACCAUGCAGUGUUUUGCCGUUUCGGAGCCCAAGUCCAUCAAGGAGGAAGGAGACGACUUUCAGUCGUGCCUGAUUUGUGUAGCUCGCAGAGUGCCAACGAAGGAAAGACCCAUGCUUCCCGCGCACGAGAGCUUCACUACACGUCAGGACCUACAAGGUAAGAUAACAUCCCUAGAUACCAGUCUGCUACGAGCAUCCAUGAAGCCGGGCUGGGAAGAUCUUGUGAGGCGCUGCAUCCAAAGGUUCCACCUACAGAAUGAUGGAGAGAUGUCUUUUGCAAAGAGACACCAGCAGGAAGUGCUCCGACACGGCCAGGCGUUCAGCCCCAUCUAUCGGUUCUCCCUCUCUGACGGAACCAUCGUCUCAGCCCACACCAAGAGCAAACUGGUACGCUCGUCUGCCACCAACGAACCUCAGCUCUACAUGUCCCUGCACAUCCUACAGAGGGAGCAGACAGUAUGUGGAAUGGGUCAGGACAUGGGCCCUGGCAAUCAGGCCACAGGGAUGGCUCCCAAACCAAUGAACUCUUCCACUCCCUCCAUGACUCCUCCAACCCCAGGCAGCUUGCCAGGUUCAGGGCCUCAGGGCCAGGACACUACCAUCAGCAGCAACAGCACGCCUUUCUCCCCCCCAGGUCCUGCUGGUCCCAGAGAACCAACGGCUAUGGGGGGGCAUAUGCAGGUCUACCGCUUUGGCUGUCCUCAGCCACACAACCACAAUGGGAGCAUGCAACCACCACAGCAGGGCCCCAACUGGAGGAUGAAUAGCCCCUCUCGUGCCAGCCCAAGCCCAGCCGGAGGACCCCAUCCACCUCCGCAGAACUCUAUGCUAUCACCCAGGCACCGAGGGAGUCCUGGGGGUGCAAGCAGCCCUCGUGUAGCAGGGGGUCUGCAUUCACCCUCACCAGUGGGGAUGUGCAGUGGAGGGCCUGGAGGUGCAGGAAGUAGCACGGCUAGCACCCAUGCUAACAGCUAUACUAGCAGCUCUCUGUCAGCUCUGCAGGCCCUUAGUGAGUGCCAUGGUGUAGGACACGGGCAUGGACCCCCUCAUACACAUACACUAGGGUCUCCAGACCGGAAAAUGGGCUCCCCAGCUGGGGUCACACCAGGGUCAGCGGUAAACGCUCAUCUGAUGUCAAAACUUGGAGGAUCCACCAGUGCUAUUGGUGGUUCAGGAGACUCAUUUGGACCUCAUUCAGAGAUGAGUCAGGGACACACCCAGGCCCAAACAGAGGGGAACUUAGUGGAGCCCAAGGAGGAGAGGGAUGGACCCCUCGAGGGCCAUGAUGCUCACAGCCGUGGACAUGACAACAAGGGCCACACCAAGUUACUGCAACUGCUCACCACCAAGCCAGAACCCCUGGAGACUCCUCUUUCCCCUGGUGCAGGAGUUGAGGGCAAGGACCAGGCUGGGACAGGGGUCCGGGGUGGCAACACUCACGCCACGUCCCUUAAAGAAAAACAUAAAAUCCUCCACCAACUGCUUCAGAACAGUACAUCCCCCGUGGAUCUUGCUAAGCUCACCGCAGAGGCUACAGGCAAAGAGAUGGGCCAAGACCAACCCCAGGGUUCCGGUAGUGCUGCUUCUGCGGCAGACAUUACUCCUAAGCAGGAGCCAUUGAGCCCCAAGAAGAAGGACAAUGCCCUGCUACGCUACCUACUGGAUAAGGAUGACACUGUAAUGAAGGACAAGGUCCCUAAGCUAGAGCCUGGGGAAGUGAAAGUCGAAGGGGGCAAACACCCGCAGGUCAAGGCGGAGAAACAAGAUGCAGGAUACGACCGCGCUGAACAGUCAUCGGAGCUGGAUGACAUCCUGAAUGACCUGCAGAACGCUCAGCCACAGCUCUUCUGUGAGCCGCGGCCUGUUUCGUUGCCCAGUCCCAUGGACAAACAGAACAUCAUCAAUGACAUCCUGCAGAUGUCCGAGAGCAGUCCUGUCAUGGCUGCACAGCCGCAACACCGGGGCCUUGGGCCCGGCAUGGGACCCACUAACUUUGGUGGUGUUCGACCAGGCCAGCCAGGAAGGGGUUUGUCUGUUAGAAGUGUGUCUCUGGACGUGAAUAUGUCCCCCCAGCAGCCAUCAUUACAGUACCCCAUAAGGACCACAAGCCCAUACACUGUUAUGCAGCAACAGCAAGGCAUGGUGGGGAACCAUGGCAUGAUGGGUAACCAGGCUGCUAUGGUCAAUGCAGCACUGAUGGCUCCAAGUGGUCCACGGCCAGGCAUGCAGCAGCAGGAGGGCUGGGUAGGCCCAGCUUCUGCACCUCCUAUAGGAGCGCCGGGCCCUGGUCAUCAAAAUGCCAUACAGGGCAGGACGGGACCCAGUGGUACUCCCAUGAGGCCCAACAGCCAACCAGGGCCCCGACAGAUGAUGCAGUCUCCAAUUAUGCCUAAUACCCAACCAGAUAUAGACAUUGGAAUGGUUGGUGAUCAUUUCUCACAACAACAGGCUCCACCCAACCAGACGGCCCCCUGGCCAGACAGCAUGAUGCCAAUUGAUCAGACAGCUUUUGUAAACCAGAGCAGGGCUCCACCCCAGGAUGAUCUGCUGUGCAAUACAGGGCUCAGCUCAAGUGAUGGCAGUGCAGUGGACGAGGGGGCUCUGAUGUCUCAGCUGUACACCGCACUAAAAGACUUUGAUGGCCUGGAGGAGCUCGAUCGUGCUCUGGGGAUCCCUGCUAUGGUAGAACAGAGCCAAUCACUGGAGCCAGACCAGUUCCCCCAGGAACCCUCGGUGAUGUUGGAUCAGAAGCCCCCCAUGUACACCCAGCAGUUCGGUCCCCCAGCAUCACACAUGGCACCGAGAGGCUACCCUGGUGGCCCCAUGCAAGAGCCAGGUUUCCACCCGAUGCCUGGCCAGAUGGGUCCACGGCCAGGUUUCCAAAUGAUGCGAAUGCCGGCCCGGCCAGGACUCAGGCCUACUGGAGUCGUCCCCAACCAGCCCAACACACUACGACUGCAACUCCAGCACCGGCUUCAGUCACAGCAGCAGAAUCGCCAACCAAUGAUGACUCAGAUGAGCGGUGUGUCAAAUGUGAACCUACCUCUUAGAACUAAUGCUCCAAACCAGGGAACCAUCAAUGCUCAGAUGUUGGCACAACGUCAGCGGGAGCUGCUGAGUAAUCACCUGAGACAGAGGCAGCAGCAGCAGCAGCAGGUGCAACAGGCCCAGCAGGUCCAGCAGCAAAGGAGCAUGGCCAUGAGGGCUCAGGGCCUCAACCUGCCUCCCAACAUGGCCGCCGGAGGCAUGAGUAACCCUCGGAAUCCCCAGGCCAACCCCCAGCAGCUCCCCUACCCGCCCAGCUACGGUACCAGUACAGGCCUGGCUUCGUCACCUCCCCCUACCAGCUCCUUCCCCUCUCCUCUCUCCCCCAGCCUGCCCUCUCUUACCCCCAACCUCCACCUGCAUGGCACUUCCUCCUCUUCCUCCACUCCCUCCUCCUCCUCACAGAUGAUGAUGGGAAACACAAACAUGAUGGGCGGACAGUACGGGGCCGUACUCAGCCCCCAAAUGCAGCACAGUGCCUUUCAGUUUCCCAACUCAGGUAUGAGCCAACAGGCAGAUGGAACAUUUGGAGGUCCCGGCACACCACAGAGCCCUCUGCUUUCACCCCGCAUGGCCCACACACAGUCCCCAAUGAUGCAGCAGGGCCAGCAGAGUGCUGCUUUCCAGGGUUCCCCUGACAUGAAUGGAUGGCCGCAGGGUAAUAUGGGAGUCAACAGUAUGUUCUCGCAGCAGCAGGCAUCGCCGCAGUUCAGCCAGCCGAAUAACAGCAACAUGUACAACGGCAAUGGCAUAAACCUCAACAACGCGUCACUGGCCUCCAACAUGGCAACCAGCAGCAUGGGCCAGAUGGCCGGACAAAUGAGUGUCACGUCCAUGGCCUCGGGUCCCUCACCUGGCUUGCCCUCCAUGGGGCAAGAACAGAAAUACUGUUGACCCCCAUGGAGCUACUCACCUGGACCUCAGUGAUCAACCUGGCUCAAGAAGCGCGUCGGCCCUUUAAUUAUUUAAAAAAGAAAAAGAGAGAGAGAAAGAAAGAAAACACGUAAUCAACCGACUGCCCCUUGAACCAGCCAGGCCGUGCCCUGACCCCCGACCCCUCGCCCCUCCCCAGCUCAAGUUUGCCGUCUGUCCAGCUGGAUCCCACUCAGACACUGGCUGGGGAAGGAUCGCGGAUAUCUGUCCCAACAAGCCUAAUCCUCCUGGAGGGAGAGCCUCGUGACGAGCCAGUCAAUCUGCCUGUCCACCUGCAUUCACCGUAGUGUGACUUACUGUAGGCCUCCUGGUGGGGUACACUGACUUAAGGGGGCGGCAGUGGGUGGAUUUUGUUCAGAUGAAUGUAUUCCUCUCAGUGGACAGCGGCCAUUUACAAUCUCAUCUCGAAAGAUCACAUACACUGAUUUCUUCUCUUCUCUACCCCCGGAGCCCCCUUUAUUCUCCACCCCCUCCCCCAACCUCUGGAUCGUUGGAGAAAUUUCCACAUAGUUCCGAAUGGCAGCAAAUACUCCCAAGUUAUGUUCACACUUAUGGAUGGAGCUCAGACACUUAGCCGAUUUUGCCUUUUUGCUGUUCUUUAUUUUAUUGUUUUUGUUAUUAUAAUUAUUAUUAUUGUUGUUGUUGUUGUUGUUUUUUUAGAUUUUUCCUAUUUGUUUGUUUCUGUUUGUAUUUUUGUUGUUGUGAAAAUUUAAGAUGUAGAGUGAAAAAUAUGGUGUUUAGAAAAGAGAGUGAGAGAGAAACUGAACGUGGGGGGGAAGAAAACACUGCAGAAGACUGGUUUGAAUGGUGAAUUCUAAGAUUAGAUUAAUUAAAGAGGUUUAUAUAGUGUAUAAAAUUAAGUUUUAUUUUCUGUAUAGAUUCAUUUUAAUUAUUGUAGAUUAUUCUUUAUCUUAGUAGCAAGAAGAAUAAUAUUUCUAAAAUUGUGAAAGAGGCACUUCUUUUUAUAAUUUUAACAGCAAUGGUUGUAUUCUUUCUGAGAAGAUUCUUCUAUUAACCUGAAUGGUGGAUUUUGCUUUGGUCAUGUAGUUUCAGAAGAUGUCAAAAUCAAAUAUAGUUUGAAAUUAAUUACAGAGUUUGUACAUAACAAUAAGUAAAAUCGUUUUCUUUCCUAUUUAUUUUAUUCCCUGGGGCUUAACGUCUCUCAGCCUGGUCCCCAACUGCCUCCUGAAGCAGAGCAGUGUUUUGGGGGGAGGGGUUGUGUGUGUGUGUGUGUGUUUUUUGAGGAAGUGGAGGGAGAACCUUCACCUUCUUAAAGUUCUGGUACAGUGCAGACAGGGGUGCGGGCGGGAGGUAGGGAGGGUUGUAAAUGGGUGUGCUGUGUAUACAGUGUACAGAUUAUCGCUUGCUUCUCUGCCUUUAGCAUAGAACACAACAAAAAUAAAUAAAAGAAGGAAAAAAAUCAAUUCAACACAGCCAUACACUAAAAAAAAAAAAAAAAAAAAAAAAGAUAAAGUGUGCUUUCUAUGUUGUCUGGAGUGGAAAAAUGCUUCAUACAAGCUGCUAGGUGCAAACUGUUCUGUGUGUUGUAAACAAGCAAUAACAAUUACUUGAGAAUCUUUUGGUUUGGUUUUUUUUGGUUUGGUUUUUUUUUGUAAUUUUUGUACAGUUUCCUGGGAAAAAAGGACACGUUUUUCCUCUGCGUUUGGAUGCAGUAUUAAACACAGUUUUUUAUUGCAGUUUGUACCAAGAAAGUCUACAUCCACAGACACACACACAUACACAGCACACACACACAGCGUUCCUAUUAGAUUAUGCAGCAUAGGCUGAGAUCUGGAGAGGGAGUUAGUUUGUGGUCCCCAUAUUGACACAUGCCCUCUCUGCCUCCAGCCGUUCUUCUAUAGCAGAGGUCAGAGUUAAGACUGCACGCUUCACAAGAGCUGCUCUGACAGACACUUAGCCAUAUUUUAUGACCUCAGGCAGUUAGUUCACCUAUAAAGUGUUCAGUAAUGACCUGCUUGUUCUUGUGCCCCACCAGACGGGGGGGUUGGUUUGGCCUUCACAAGAUCUAAAGCGAGUCAUCUUCUCUAACCUCAGAAGAUUUUCCUCAAAAAAAAUAAACUUUUUAUAUUGACUAUUUUAACCCAGGACAGACUUUGAGCAAGCCAAAUAAUCUUCACAUUUCAAUUGGAUUUCUGAAUUCUACUCAUUUUCUUUUUAUUUAUUUAUUUUUUCUAAGUAACCAUUUGAUGGUUACCAUGGUUUGGCCCACAGGAAAAACAAGAAAUUUAUGAUGAUGUCACUCAACAGGGUCUGAUGUAAAUGUUACAUCAUAAAACAGGAAGAGAAUCACUCUGAAUGUAUUGUCCAUAAAGGCCUAAGGAUGUGACUGGUGGUGCAUUGAGGUGUGGACAACAUGUGCGGUUACACCGUGCUCUUCUCGGUGUUUCUGACGUUAUCCAUCGUUGCUUCUUUUUCCUUGUUUUUUCCACUUUUAAUUUCUGUAUGAAAUUUGAAGCUGUAGCAAUUCAACUGUGGAACAAAGGAAGCCUGCAUUAACGCUUUGGUUGUUCUGCAGGUGCUUUUUUUGUUGUUCUAGUUGUUGUCGUAGACCUACAGGAGAUCCCACCUUUUUGAUAGAUGCUGUUUUGAUUGUACAAGGAAAAAAAAAAAAAAAGAUGCGGCCGUGCAGAAUCAGCCUUUUGAGCCAUUUUUAAAAAAGGAAUCACAGCCCUUUGCAAAAUUUCCAAAGAUUGUUAAGAUUUUAAAAAGACUUAAAGCCAUGUUGGUAGCAGUGCAUUUUUUUUCCUUUUUAGCACUUAUAAUGAGGACAGGAGCAAAUAAAUGAUUUUUGCCCCUCACAGAUAUCCAGGCUUUGGACCCAUGAAUCAAAAAUAUUUUUUUCCUCUGUAACUUAUGGUUUUGAAGAACUUUAAAUGCCCUUUUGUAUUGUCUGCCAAUUUCUUAGAGCUAAGAUGCAACCUUGAAAUGCUAAAAACCCUAGCAUAAUGCCUUAGAUUUUGUCCGUUCUUGUACAUUACACCGCUGUCUGUAUAAAUUUGUAUAAUGACUUGUGUACAAUAUUGAAUGGGUGCAUCAUUGUUAAACUCUUCUCAGCUGCUGGGAACUUGGUCACGGUUCUCCUUUGCUCUCUGUUCCGUGUUGGGUCAUCUCCUCGCCCUCCGCUCACUGUUUGUAUGGACAAAGGUGAUGAUACAUAGGGAUACCGAAGCAAUAUGUAAUAUACUCUAUGGACUUUCUGAAGAAAGCUUACUGUUGUGUUUUACCCCCCUCCUCCCGAGAUAUUUUUUCUGCAUUGUUCACGAGUCACACUGUAUACCCGCAUCGAUCAUUGUACCCCUAGUGUGUGAGCGUUUUAUGCAAAGUUAGAUAUACAAGAGAAGUUAAAACCACAGUUAUGCAAGUUGUGAACUAAUAUGGCUUCGCUGAUGCUAUUUGCCUUGUAAAUAAAGAAUUCUGUUAUUGCAUUA